AUGGACUCUCACGCCAAGACGGUGACCUCGGAUGGGCCAUCAGAUGGGCCGCGGCCCGUCAUCAGCAAGAAGAGUCUCACCGUCCACGCUGAGGUCCUGAAAGAACAGGCCCGACAGACGCCGGGAGCUGCAGACUCUGCAGACAUGUCCACCAGUGUGCUCGGUAGAGUAAAAGCCCCGGCCGCAGGCAGUGGACGGAGGAGAGAGACCAUACUCAGCCUUCCUGAGAACAGCGCUGCUGUGUUCCUGUGGGACAGUGACAACCUCUGGUGGGACGCCUUUGCCACUGAAUUUUUUGAAGAUGAUGCCACAUUAACCCUUUCAUUUUGUUUGGAAGACGGACCAAAGCGAUACACCAUUGGCAGGACCCUCAUCCCCCGUUACUUCAGCACCGUGUUCGAAGGUGGGGUGACCGACCUGUAUUACAUCCUCAAACACUCGAAGGAGUCCUACCACAACUCGUCCAUCACCGUGGACUGUGACCAGUGCGCCAUGGUCACCCAGCACGGGAAGCCCAUGUUCACCAAGGUGUGUACAGAAGGCAGGCUGAUCCUGGAGUUCGCCUUCGAUGACCUCAUGAGGAUAAAAACCUGGCACUUCACCAUCAGACAGUACAGGGAGUUGGUCCCGAGGAGCAUCCUAGCCGUGCACGCACAAGAUCCUCAGGUCCUGGAUCAGCUGUCUAAAAACAUCACCAGGAUGGGGCUGACCAACUUCACCCUCAACUACCUCAGGCUCUGUGUCAUCCUGGAGCCGAUGCAGGAGCUGAUGUCAAGACAUAAAACCUACAACCUCAGCCCUCGCGACUGCCUCAAGACCUGCCUGUUUCAGAAGUGGCAGCGCAUGGUGGCCCCGCCAGCGGAACCGACCAGACAACCGACCACCAAACGGAGGAAAAGGAAAAACUCCACCAGCCUCACCUCCAACAGCAGCGCAGGGAACAACGCCAACAGUGCCGGCAGCAAGAGGAGGACGCCGGCCGCCAGCCUGGGCCUGUCCAGUCAGGACGUGAUGGUGGUAGGAGAACCAACCCUGAUGGGAGGUGAGUUUGGGGACGAGGACGAGAGGCUAAUCACUAGAUUAGAAAACACGCAGUAUGACGCGGCCAACGGCAUGGACGACGAGGAGGACUUCAGCAAUUCACCCGCCCUGGGGAACAACAGCCCAUGGAACAGUAAGCCCCCGGCCGCUCCAGAGACCAAAUCAGAAAACCCCCCGCCCCAGGCUUCCCAGUGAGCUGCUGGGCCCCAGUUGCCCUCGGCCUGCGGGUUCCAUGCACGUUCCGAUCUUUACUUGCAGGAGAGGAGAGAAGAGAAAAAACUUUUCCGUGCAAAUAUCUAUUUCUAAACCACAGUGAUCUGAUUUUCUUUCUUUCUUUUUUUGUUUUUCAAUUGAGAAGAUCAUUCCCGAUAGGCUUCCGUGACCUUCCCUGGAGGCCUUCGCAGGUAGAUGCGAUUCUGGCGCUGACCACGGUUAGAGCCAGUGACGCCGCGCAGCUCCUGGGAGGGCUUAGCGCGCUUGUGUGACUCUCCUCACGGUCAAGCGAAGGCCGUGCUGUCUGUCAGCGCUGCGUGCUCGGGAUCGGUGGUGUGCCGGCGGACGACACAUGACUUUUUAAUACUGUAAAAUAUUUUCUGCUUUUUGACUUGCAUCUGAGAGUUUCUUGUUUCAGUAAAAAAUAAAAAAAAGAAAAAGAAAAAGAAAAGAAAAAAAUUAGCUUUUGGAAAGUAAUUUAAAUGUACCUCUAUUUUUUUCUUCGAGUUUUCUUUCUUUAGGCAGCAGCUAACAGGGCCCAGCGAGGUCAUUUAUGGCCAAGCUGAUGUCAGCUGGUUCUCAGUCUGAGCCGGUUCAACGUAGCCCAAAUGCUGAAACAAGAAAUGUCUUUGUCAUCAAAGACGCCAGGGCAGAUUUUAAUGUAAAGAAAGAUAAUUGGAUGCUUGAGAAUUUACGCAUUUGUAAAGUUGCUGUUGAUCCAAAUAUUUUCAAGCCAUGUAAUCCAUUAAUUUUGUGAGCAGUUUAAUAAAUCUGAACCUUUUUUGUGUUUUUUUAUU